UUGGUCCUCGGCCGGCGGCGGCGGCGGCGGCGGCGGCGGCGGCGGCGGCGGAGUGGAAUAAAGCGACCGCGUCUCAAACCAAGACCCCCUCGGCCCAGUCAGCCGCACCAGCCGACACGAAACACACCUGCUUCUCAGCCGAGACCUCACCGAUUCUUCGAAAGGACGAAUUACGAGAAGAAGAUGCCGAUCGACUUUUACUACAUCCCCGGCAGCGCCCCUUGCCGCGCCGUCCUGCUCGCCGCCAAGGCCGUCGGCGUCGAACUCAACCUCAAGCUGACCGACCUGAUGGCCGGCGAACACCUCAAGCCAGAGUUCGUCAAGCUGAAUCCCCAGCACUGUGUGCCUACCAUUGAUGACAAUGGAUUCGCCCUGUGGGAGAGCCGAGCCAUCAUCUGCUACUUGGCGAACCAGUACGGCAAGAGCGACUCACUCUACCCCAAGGACCCUAAGAAGCGCGCGCUCGUCGACUCGAGGCUCUACUUUGACCAGGGCACUCUUUACCAGCGAUUCGCUGACUACUAUUACCCGGUGAUGUUCGGCGGCGCGCCUUACGACGAGGCCAAGCUGAAGAAGCUGCAGGAGGCUUUUGAGUACCUGGACAAGUUCCUCGAGGGCCAGGACUGGGCGGCCGGAAGCGAGAUGAGCCUUGCUGACAUCUCUCUGGCCGCGUCCGCCUCCACCGCCGAGGCCGUCGGCUUUGACGUGGCCAAGUACGCCAACGUGUCCGGCUGGCUGGCCAAGUGCAAGAGCACCCUGCCCGGCUACGCCGACGCCAACCAGCGAGGCGUUGAAAUGUUCAAGGAGAUGUUCGACAACCUCACCAAGAAGUAAAUCUCACUCAGUAUUCACAUUUACAAAACUCAUAUUACUAUAUAUUUUGGCACAAUAAAUUAUUUUAAGGCUUUCCAACAUAAACAAA